UGAUUGAACUUAUACACCACUCCUACCAGUUUCUCUUCUUUCUAUAUAACCCCCACCAUACCUCCAUUAGUCCCCUCCAAACUAUACCUAUCACUCGCCAAAUUCUCUCUCUCUCUCUCUCUCUCUCUCUCCAAAGACCAGAAGCUUAAAACUUCAACCCUAGUAGUCCUUUGAAUACACAAAGUUCUUCAAAGGAACUUUUCUUUGGUUUUUAUUGCAAAGAGAAAAGUAUGAUGGUUGAGAAGGAAGAUCUGGGUCUGAGUCUGAGCUUGACCUCAGCUCAGAACCACCACUCUCUACACCUGAAUCUCAUGCCUUCCCUGGUCCCAUCUUCUGGGUUCAAUCCAAAGCCCUCUUGGAACGAGACCUUUCCUUCAUCAGAUCGAAACUCUGAAACAUGCCGAGCCGAGACUCGAUCUUUCCUACGAGGCAUCGACGUGAACCGGCUUCCAUCCACGGCUGAUUGCGAAGAAGAAGCAGGCGUGUCAUCUCCAAACAGCACCCUAUCUAGCGUGAGUGGGAAGCGAAGCGAGAGAGAAGCUCACUGUGAAGAGCUCGACAUUGAGAGAGCUUGCUCUCGAGGUAUCAGUGAUGAAGAAGACGGUGAAACCUCGAGAAAGAAGCUUAGGCUCUCCAAGGACCAGUCCGCUGUUCUUGAAGAGAGCUUCAAAGAGCACAACACCCUCAACCCAAAGCAAAAGUUAGCGUUGGCUAAGCAGCUAGGCCUCCGACCUAGGCAAGUAGAGGUCUGGUUUCAGAACAGAAGGGCAAGGACCAAGCUGAAGCAAACCGAGGUUGACUGCGAAUUUCUAAAGAGGUGUUGUGAGAAUCUGACGGACGAGAAUAGGCGGUUGCAGAAGGAAGUUCAGGAGCUGAGAGCACUGAAACUUUCCCCGCAGUUCUACAUGCAAAUGACCCCACCUACGACCCUAACCAUGUGCCCCUCAUGUGAGCGUGUCGGGGUCCCACCUUCUUCAUCAUCAACCGUUGAUGCAAGGUCCCACCAGAUGGGCCCAACUCACCAGCGUCCGAUCCCAAUUAACCCGUGGGCCCCAACUCCAUCUUCCAUCCCACAUCGACCGUUCGAUGCAGUGCUCCAUCCACGAUCGUAGAUUAGCUACAAAGAUCAACAUGAAAAAAAAACAUUUUGGUCCUUAAACUAGGUGUAUUGUAAUGUAAUCUUAUUCUUAUUCUUAGCUAAUAUCAAAGGUUGUUAUAAUGUGUACGGAGAAAAGAUGCAAAUAUAUUCAGUUUUUAACAGCGUACCAAUUUUCAGGUUCAA